AUGAUCUCGCGCGGCUGCGUUCCGACUGCGCGCGUCGCACGGCGGCCUGCGCUGCUGCGUACCCUGCGUCGGGCCAAAGCAGCGGCCCCUGCGCGCAGGAGGUGCAUCACGGCGGCCGCCAAGAAGAAGAGCUUCGGCGUCCCAAACACCCCUGCUGAGGCAGUCAAUAAAGGCUUGGAGUUGUUCGAGGAGGGCAACGUGCAGGGGGCGCUGGUGCUGUUCGAGGCCGCGCAGGAGAUGAACCCCAACAACGACGAGGCCCGCGCCGCCUACUACAACGCCGCGUGCUGCCUGACGAAGCUGCGGAAGUGGGAGGCCGCCACGGCGGCGAUCGAGACCGCCGUCGAGAAGCACGACCUCAAGUUGAUUGCCGCGUUAGAAGACGACGACCUGGCGGCCCUGCGCGACACGUCGCCGUGGAUCGACCUGGUCGGGCGGCUGCGCGGCGGCCGGUACGCGCCGUCCGCGCAGGUCGAGCUGCGCACCGAGGCCGCCGCGCCCUUCCGGUUCGCCCGCAUCUUCAUCCUGGGGGGUCUGGCGGCGGGCGCCGCGCUCGGACUGCUGGUCAUCCUCGGGCGGCUCGCGGCGGCGGUCCAGGGCGGGGAGGGCGCGCCGGAUCUCGCGGAGACGCUGGGGAACGCGGGCGUGAACGCGGGUGUUUUGGGGGUGCUGUUGUUCUUCGUCAGACGGGACCUGCAGGCGCGGGAACGCGACAAGAAGAAGAUCCAGCGCGAGGAGGACCUCGGGCGGCUGCAGGUCGAGCUGCCCGGGGGGCGCACGGUGGCGCUGUCGCGCCUCCGCGGCAACAGCCGGCCGGUGGUGCUCGCCGGGUCGCGCGCCGACGUCCUGCGGGCGACGCGCGGCGCGCAGAAGUACAAGCAGGCCCUGCAGGACCGCGGCAUCGUGCUUGUCCCGGUGAUCUUCGGCAGCGAGGACGACCCAUCCACGCGGCUCGAGGCGCUGCGGUCGGACUUUGAGAAGGAGGCGAAGGAGAGCAAGGGUUUUGACAAGGAGGCGCCGGGGGCAAAGGGCAAGGGCGGGCGGUGGGAGGUGAAGCCGGUCGACCUGCCGCGGUGGUCCAAGUGGAUCAAGCAGCAGAUGGACGAGGCCAAGAUCGCCUCGAAGGGGGACAUGGUGUUCGUGCAGGUGCAGCUGACGGGCGAGGUGCGGUCGUCGGGGGUUGGCAGCCCGAAGUGGGACAGGUUCGUCACGGACCUGCCGCUGAAGGACUCCCGCGAGGCGCAGAUCCAAGGGUAG